UAGAAAAAAAAGUUAAAUAAACCCAUAACCACAAGAAAAGCAAAGAAACUGAGUGAAAAAAGCGACCUCCGAACUUAAUUUACUUUUUGUCUGCAAAUUUAAAAUUUCUUAACUAAUUAUAAAUAAAAAUCGACCCUAAAUUUAAAGAUAAUCUCCACGAAUACCUAAAGUGAAGCCCAAACUAUCAAAUCCACCAAACCAUAAGAGAAGAAGAGUAACCAAAAAAGAAGAAGCAACAAAAAACAAAAAAAAAAGGAAAAGGAAAAGAUUCUUGUGCGUGGCAACCAAAUCAGAAAUCACACACAACACCAAAAUGCAAGGUUCUCCCGAUGCAAAGAAGCCCUGCAAAGGUAUUCUCAAAACCUCCAGCAGUUUCGAUCGCCAUUCGGGGUCAGGAGCAAGUUACAGAAAAAGCGCUAAGUUCGAUGAGCUAAAUGUAAUGCAGACAUAUCAUCCACCAGACAAGGACUAUGGACACAUGAAGAUCGAGGAGCCAAAGACGCCCUACAACUAUACAGAUCCGGAGAACAUUGAGGAGCUUGAUGCUGAGUUGUUGGUUGAAAAAUUGAUAAAAGCUGCUAAAUCUCUAAUCUCUGACGAUGAAGAUGACGAAGAUUCAUCUGAUGAAAAUCGCGACGAGACUGAGGAAGAAAAAGAUCGAAGAAUUGCCUUCGAAAGGCGCCGUAAAGCUCACUACAAUGAAUAUGAAGCAGUUCGACUAGCUCGCAAGCUUAUAGAAGAAGAAGACGACGAUGACGAAGAUGAUGAUAAUUCUGAUAAACAAUCAAACAGAAAUGCAUCAACCAGCAGCAAAGAAAUGGAUGUUGAUAUUCAAGAUGAUUCUCAACAUGCCUCCCAAUCUUCCCAACACUAGUUUAAAACCUAGUUUCAAUGGACUUUAUAUUUAUAAAAAACAAAACAAAACAACAACUUUAACUUUAACAGAAUAAUAUCUUCUCAUUUAAUUAACUCAAAAUAGAACAAAAUUACAAAAAAAAAAAUACAUAUAUUUUUAAAAUAUCAUUUUUAUUUAAAACAAAAAUGAAACAAACAAAAAAAGAAUAUUAAACAAAAAGAGUUCACUAGUAGAAUAUCAUUUAAAAGGUUUAAAUAAUCUGUAUUUUCGAAUACGAAUGCUUAGAGUAGUAGUUUUAAAGAAAUUCGCUUUUAUCAUGCGAACCGCUGGCGGUUUAUGAAGAAAAAAAAAAUAAAACAAAUCUAACAUCAUACAUUUUAAAUAACUGCUUCGAAUUGAAAUCAUUGGAUUUGAUAUUUCUCAACACUUGCACUCACUGAUAAAAUCUUAUACUUUUUGCUACUAAUCUAAGUUUCAAAAUUGCCCUUUUCCUUGAAUAUUGUAAUUUUGUGUUUGCUUAACUAAUUUUUGAGACAUACCUAAUUGAACAAUAUGCUUUCUUUAAUUACUAUUUAUUUAAUUGAUUGAAUUUUAAUUAUUUGAUUUCUUUCUUCCUUUAAUAUUUCAAAAAAACAAUGUGCCAGAAAACUGUAUUUUAAGUGAGCUUUAACGCAUAAGUUUGAGCUUAUAAUAGUAGUAGUUUCGAAAUUUGAAAAAGAUUUUUUUUUUCAAAAUCUCGUUAUCGAAAAUUAAAACUAAAAUUAAAAUUAGAUUACUUGAGGACGAAUUGAAUUAUUAAAAAAAAAACCUCAGCCAAGUGUUUCUUUUUUCUUUUGUGCUAUGCAAAGUGAAUAAUAAAUAAUUUCUUCCAUCUAAACAAUUUACCAUAGUUCUAAGAAAAUCACCAUCAGAGAGGUUUCCUCAUUAUUUUCUGUACACAU